CGUUUAAAUUAUCACAAGCCUGUGAUUGGGCGUUCCGUCAGUCAACACUGACUGAGUGGAUUUCUUUAACCCGGACUGUAGUCCACCUGAAGCGGAGACAUGGCUUCGAAUAACGGCGCAGCCACCGGCAAAUGGGAGGUCGUGAAGAAGGGAAAGAAAAACGGUAGCUCGGCAAAGAACCAGAAUGACAAGAAGAACGGCAGCGCAGGACGGAAAGCGCUGGGUGAAUCCAACGUGCUGUCCAGACCUCCACUGAAGAUGUCGGAGACGCUGUUUGAGAACUUUGAGAAGAUGGGGAAGAAACAGAACAAGGAGCAGGUUCCACCGGCCACUGAGCCUCAAAGCAAGAAGCAGUCGUCGAAUAAACAGUCCAAGAAAUCGCAAUCCAGCAAUACAUCCACACCUGCCACUCACAGAAACCUGGAGGAGGCCUUCAAGUCUCUGGAUAUUGCCGACCUAAAGCAGCAGUUGGCCCGCAGUCAGACCCUGUUCCCAGAAAACCCAUCAGUCUGGGUCAAAGAUCUGGCAGGAUACCUCAACCUCAAGCUGACUGCACCAGAGACGGAGAUCACACUCAGCAGCUACACUCACGAGCUGAGGGGUGUGAUCAAAGGCCUCAUUGGACGCUGCAGUGACAUCCUGCCAGAUUUCUUUGACUACUGUGUUUACACCAUGCUCAGGGAGCUGGACAGAAAUUCAGGAGAACCACUGCACGGCUACAGAGUUUGCAUUCAGGCUCUUCUACAGGACAAACCCAGGAUAGCAACACAAAAUCUGCCAGAGUACUUGGAGUUACUGAGGUCGGUUCAGAACCGUCCAGCCAAGUGUUUGACCAUCAUGUGGGCUCUGGGCCAGGCUGGGUUUUAUGACCUCAGCCAGGGACUGAGAGUGUGGCUGGGAAUCAUGCUUCCUGUGCUCGGGGUCAGGUCCCUGUCAGCCUACGCCAUAGCUUAUCUGGACCGACUUCUGUUACUUCAUGCAAACCUCACAAAGGGAUUUGGUAUCAUGGGUCCAAAGGAGUUCUUCCCUUUACUGGACUUUGCCUUCAUGCCUAAGAACGCCCUCUCACCAAGUCUCCAGGAGCAGCUGAGACACCUGUAUCCUCGACUCAAAGUUCUGGCCUUCGGAGCCAAACCUGAGAGCACGUUACACACCUACCUGCCAUCGUUUCUGUCCAGAGCCACGUCCAACUGCCCUGCUGACAUGAAGAAGGAGCUGCUCAACAGCAUGACAGAGUGUCUGUGUGUGGAUGCACAGAGUCUGGGAGUGUGGAGGCAACUCUACACCAAGCAUUUACCCCAGUCCAGUUUUUUGUUGAAACAUCUACUAAAGUCCUGGAAAAGUCUGCCUCCCAAGCUUCGGAAGAACCUUGAGGAAACCAUCCAGUCGUUCCGAGUGACCAAUGAGGAGAUGAGAGAGAGCGUGGAGUCGCGGGAGCUUCGGGAGUGUCACAACCUGUGUCAGAACCUACAGGUGAAGAUGCGCGGGCGCGGGUUCCCCUGGUCCAGGCUGCUGAUGGUUUUGUGUGUGUUUGUCGCUGGUUUCAUCGCACACGACAUCAGAUCCCACGGCUCCUUCACAGAUUCCACCUCAGCCAGAUUUCUGAGCAGUUCGGGGAUCAAAGCUGGCUUCCUGCAGGCCCAGAGCGCAGUCACAGUUUACUCCAAACAGGGCUUCAGCUGGAUCGAGAAAAACACACCUUACUAUUACUCUGAGUGUGCCCGGGUGGUGGGGCCUCUGUUAGAACAAGGAGUGGAGAAAACGAAAGCAGCGGCCGUCUGCAUCUCAGAAAAGAGCGUUCACUUCAUCCACUGGGUGAAAGAAACGACGCCGCUCGUCAUAGACUGGGUGAACACCAACACUCCAGACAGUGUGUUCCAGGUGUUGGCGUAUCUGAAGGAGCUGCUCCUGCUCCUCCACCGCAACUACAUCCUCCCAGCUCUGGCCUAUAUCAGUGAGCUGCUGCAGCGAGCCUGGACCAGCCUACAGGACUCCUGCAAUUUCUUACGUUUCAGAAACACAGGGAGACAAGGAAAGAGAGAGACGGCGAGACAGGGAGAGACACUGGGACAGGGACACAUGGAGAGAGCAAGAGAUCGAGACAGGGAGAGACACUGGGACAGGAAGACAGACAGGGACACAUGGAGAGAGCAAGAGAGAAAAAUGCAAAGAUAGGGAGAGAGACAAUGAGGCAGAGAGAGAGAAAUAAAUGCUGCAGGGAGACAGAAAAUUGGGGAAAGGAAGAGACGGAGGAAAAAACUGAGGUAGUGAUAAAAAAAAAAAUGGAAAGAAAUCCAAUUAAUGAAAGCACACAAAAAUAAGUUGAGGUGUUGAAUUCAGACAGGCUGUCAGGCACUGAUGUUUG